AUAAUGAAAGUAUCAGAAAGCGCAUCGGUUUCUAGUGUGGUUCGGUAAAUUGAGUUGUUUGGUCUGUAGCAGAUUUCAUUUGGAAUUCUGCUGUUGGACCGGUGGUGUCGUAAGAAGGAUACGAAUAAGCGAUUUACUCAGAAUGGAUGUUUUCCUAAUGAUCAGGAGAAAAAAGCUCACUAUUUUCACAGAUGCAAAAGAGACAACAACGAUACUUGAACUGAAGAAAAUUAUAGAAGGUAUUCUUAAAGUUUCUCCUAAGAACCAGCAAUUGUUCAAGGAUCACCUACCCAUGGAAGAUGAAAAAACUUUACUACACUAUGGAUUGACGUCAAGUAUUGCCAAAGCUCAGUGUCCUGGAUCUAUAGGCUUAACAUUUAGGCUAGAAAAUGGAGAGUUUGAACCUGUAGAAUUAACACCCUUUUCAUCUCCCCCUGAUUUGCCUGAAGUUAUGAAGUCUGACACCAAUGGCCAAGAACAGUCAUCUUGAAUGCAGAACAGCACCAUUACACAUCAACAACUCACACCUACAGGCCUGUUUCCUUGACACUAAUACACACCAAAGACAGGGAUUUGUAAACUUUUAAGGUAGACUGAGAGAUUCUGAAUUAGGUUAAUUUAUUACACGAUCAUAAAUGGGAGUGGAAUCUGUGUUCUAAGUGCAGUUUGUUGAUUCUGUUAUACAAAAUAUGUGAAUAAUGUAAAAUCAGUUUUCAUAUUUUAAUUAAUUUUGUUUUCCUUGCAAAACAAUGUGUUCUUUACUUCUGUGAUGAGUAUUCUACUUGUAAAUCUCAAAUUGUAUAUCUCAGUUUUAUGACCAUAUUAAAUUUAGGAGUUUUAUUAAUUGCUCCAGUCACUUUAACUGAAAACAGCAUGUAAUUAACAUUAGCUUAAUUGGGUUUGUUCAUAUUAAAAAUGCCUUGCUGUUAUGUCUUGUGUAUUUGGUAAGUUUUUAUAAAAUUGAAUUCAGAUAAUUGUAUCAUGUAGUAAAUAUAAUGAAAGUAAUAAAAUGUUGCAUAAAUUAAAAACAUGACACAAUAGUUCAUUCUGACUUUCUGUUGUAUCUGGUAAUUAGAAAGUAUUAAGUGAGAUGAAGUUCAAAGUCCUCAUUUUUCUUAUCUGUAAGUUUACAGUUAAUUAGCUGAAAGUUAUGUAAGACAACUGCAAAUUGGGUCUGUGUGGGCACUGCUAUAUUGCUCUGUAUUUGCAAGCUUGAAAUUUGAACGCUUUCUGCUGUUGGCAGAUUUACAGCAGCAGAGUGCAUUCAUAUGUUCUCAUUGAAAGAUUCCCUCUAUAGAAUGAAAUGUGUGAUUCACAGAAUUAUAUCAAAAGGGCUGUUUUGAGGUUUGUAAUGUGAGGGUAUGGAAAAAUGUUAAUUAUAGCUGCUGCAUAAAGGAUUGAGAAAUUUUGUUAUAAAAAUUAUGAUCCUGGUGGUAUAGGGCACUGAAUUUGUGCCAAAGAUCCUGCUGCCUGGCCUCUGAUGAAGUCAAAAUACUGUGCAUGUUAGGUAUAUCAAUCCCUCGGCCACUAUAUGGAUCUUGUGUUUAGCUGUGGAAUUCCUGUAAUAGUACUGGAAUCUUAUAGGUGCCCUCCACCUCAGAAAUCAGUUUUCAUAAUUUACAGGACAGGCAUAUGAAGGUCAAAUAACAUGAACUUGAGGUAUUAGUAACACUAUAAAAUGCCAUUUCCAAAAGCAUAAGUUGGCAUGUUAGUAAACAUUCUUUAUCUUGGAUUUAUGUCCUCAUGUAGGAGACUGACCUUAUGGAUGUAUCAUACAGUGCCAAUAUCCUACAUCUUGUGUAUACAUAACAGCAUGUGGAGAUGUGACCCUUGUACCCACACAAGAACGUUCUUGUUGAUAAAAUACAUGGGGGGUUUUCAGGUAUUAUGUUGUGUGCACUGCUAGAUUAUUCUGCUUUGCCACUUCACACAUUUAGUUUACUUGCUUUUGUGCCCUAACAGUGUUAUUACUUAACCAUUCUUGGAACUUGGGCCAACAAAUUUGUUUUCAAAACAAAUUUUAAUGCUUGCAGUUGUAUUAACUAUAAGCCAAGAUAUAUUGUAUUAAACGUGUAUGCUGUAUUUUGAAUCACACUUGCUAUGUCAACUCAGGAAAGAUGAACAUUUCUGAAAAGUCAAUUCUUGUAGCUCCUAUUAUAAAUCUGAGCAGUACUGUUCUGAUUAUCACAAACCUACAACUAUUGCUAAUGUUUUAAAUAAGCAGUGAGAAUUUUUUGCAAGAGGAGUACUUUGGGAAGCUCAAAAUGCUGAAAGUCAAAUAAUAUUUCUUGUGUAUUUACAACUAAAAAUUGUUACUAUAAAUACAAAGAAGAAAUUUAAUAUGAAUACCCAUGACUUACACUUAUGGAUGGAUACUGCUUCAUUUCCAGUAAACCUCCUAAUAUUGUGAAAGUUACCUACAAGUCACUGUGAAGUCCAGCAGUCCAUAUGCGGUAUGCAGGUUAUCACAAAAAACUCUCCUUUGGACAGCUUGGCAUCAGAAAUGUAACCUGACCAAUUAGAGGUCUCACCUCUGUGCUGUGAAAACAUAAAGGUUUAGAAUUUUAUUGUUUUGCACUGUAACACUACCACCUCAUCCCAGAACCUGUUUAUGAAUUGGUUCUCAGAUAAAAAUAAAUUACAAACAUAUCAGUGAUUGUUUAUAAAAAUAUUCAUAUAGAGCACCCACCCUGGAAAAGGGAAAUAACAGCAGAAUGAAUGAAAACAGAUUCAAGCAAAUAUGACAUGAAAUUUCAGUUGUCAUCUUGCAGAUGUCUCACUCCCAUUUUAUGUACAAAAAUGCUAUCUUAUGGAAGCAAGAUGUAUCUAUUGAAUUACAUUGACUUGAAAUGUGUAAAAGCAGUGAAGUAGUGUACUGAAUUCAAAGGGAACUAUCUUUCAGAUUUCAGGAAGUGGUCAAUUGAUAAAAUAAUCCACUUUUUUACACACUUUAUAAAGCUGUCUCUCUUUUGUAUAGCAUGCAGCACCUUGAGACAGUAUUCACUUUUUCUGUCCAUGUCUGCAGCCACAAUGUUGAUGAUUUUGUGUUAUUAGUGUGUGUAAAAUGGUAAUAUCCAGUACACACAAUAUCAUAAAUAGGGCACAACUAUAAUGGUGUAAAUUCUUGUGAAUGUGGUUUCCAAUUGGCACAACAUCCUACCCACUCCACUAUCUCAGUUACUUGUGGGAUGGACAAUGUAUGACAUGCAGAAAAACUGCCGCACCUUUAGGAUUAUGCUGGAAAGGUACUAAGGGUAACUCUCACCAUGCCAUGCAGGUUGACUUUCACACUUAUGGAAAGACAAUUAUGUGGGUUUUAAGCUUUGAAGGGUUGCAGUUUUGGCAGCUGCAUGGUAGAGUAUGGAAUAACAGUUGUCAGUGGAACCACGGUUCCGGAGAAUUUGACGUAAAUACGUCUAUAUGGAAAGGAAGUUUAUAUAUUGGCUUAUUUCUAAAUAUUUCCUUUAUACAUGCUUUACAAUUGAGUAAAGUUUGAUUAAGACAUUGCUUAUUUAACUUGAAUUAGUAAGGCUUCAGAUGGGUCUGAGGUAGAAUGUAAUGUAAGGUAACUAUGUAGGUAACCAUUGUUGUUUAUUUUUUGAUAAACAGAUGAUGUUUCCAAGGUAACAUAACAAUGAAGUUACACUUUUUCGUAACACUUUUGCCGAAUGACACUGACCCUAAAAUAUAGACGUAUUUACGUCAAAAAAGAUGAUUUACAAAUGCUCUGUAUAUAGUUUCAAUCUAUGAUAAAGCAAUGUGCUACACCUGGAGGUAUGUGUUCACCUUGCACCACGUAUCUGAACACAUCCAGCUAAAGUCAGUUUCUUGCUGCUCAGAUGUAAGCAAAUGGCUUAACAAUGUACACAUUUGAGGUCAAGACAAUGAGAUGUGGAAACAUAGUAACUUUAGAAGGCAUGUGAGGAUAAUUAAUAACCUUAAUAUUCAGUUUAAAAUAAUUUCCCACAAAACAAACUAUCCUUCCAACACCUUAUACCUGAAGAUGGCUGUUUUCUGGGUUGUAGCGCUGUGUAGUCUCGUCAAAAUUUACCAACGUUUCAGAGGUCCCUGCUGCCUCCAUCAUCGAGGUGAUGAGUAAGCUGCGUGUAUGGAAAUGGUCUGAGUUACUGGAGACUUGACAGCCAAAGCAGAUCCUUGGCCUGACCAGUGGGGAAUGGAGUCAGAAUCAGGCAAGGGCCUGGGAACCAACAGGAGGAGGGGGGGCGCCAUGGCAGUUCCCAGGGCCUUGCCUGAUUCUGACUCAAGUCCCCACAGGUCAGGCCAAGGCUCUGCCUUGACUGUCAGUCUCCUGUAAUUCAGACUAUUUCCACAAGCAUGGCUUACUCAUUGCCCUGAUGGAAUGGUGGUAAAUUUCUACCAGACUAAUGGUGCUACACUAGAAGACAGCCAUCUUUGGAUGCACCACUGUGAAAAUCUCAAAUCCUCUUCUUUUCCAGAAAUGUCUGGAUAACUGAUACUCUGUACUUCAACAUGCUUUAUCUGAUGUGAAUCACUGAAAAGUAACAAGAAUAUAUAUAGUUUAUUUGCAAAUUACAGAUCUCUUUGAAUUCUGGGGUCUAAAGAGGCCCAAGAGCUGAAACUAGCAUUUCAAGGUGCUAAAAUAUAAGCAGUAGUUAUAAGCUUAGUAUGCUGCUCAAUGUUUUCACUGAUAUUUGUGCAUAGAAAAUAUUAAUAUUAAAUUGUUUCUCAUUGUGUAAAAUGGUAACUCAUAUAUUAAGAAAGAAGCACUAUGUAACAGUACAUUCAGUCCAACUUCAGGUAGGAAAAUGUAUUUUAAUGAGACUAUAUACAUAUAACAUGUCAUUUUAUGUGGCACAAUUGUCAGUAAUAUGAUAAAAAUUCAAAAAGCAAAGUUACAACUUUUUGAUUUAAGAAUAUCAUAAUGUAAUGUCUAAACCAGUACUUAGAAUUCCCAUAAAUACAGAGUUUUGUAAAGAUUAUGGUCACAUUGUGAUUAAAGUAUCAUUUUCUGUUUCAUGAUACUGUACUAGGUUGUAUGUAUAACCAAGCUGAGAUAAUCUGAACAAAUCCCUGUUUGUCAUAUGCAACACUUUAUAUUGUAUUUGUUGCUGUAAUUGUAAUUUAAUUUGUAGCAAUUUUACAAAAGAUUAUUAUUUGGCUUUGUAAUAUACCAAUAAAACAACUUUAUAACUUA